CGAUAACGCGGUGUGAGACAGACAGGCAGACAGACAGACAGACUGAGGAUCUCAGGCAGACCCACAGAGCCGUUUUGAAUCAGAGUCAGCUUUCGGGUCGGAACCGGGAUGAACACGGAGGAGACCAACGUGGAGCUGAAGGAAGCUCCGGGCAAAGAUGCCGAGAUGAAGGACGAGAAGGAUCCAGAUCAGGUCGCUGUGGAAGCGGAUGCUAGCGAGGCCGAUGCGGCUGAGGUGGACCUGGACCAGGAGGAGCAGGAGAAGCAGCCUAUGACCGGAGGAGGAGGAGGAGAUGGCGCUGCGGAUGCUCCGUGUACCGGCGGAGAGGAGGCCAAAAAUGGCUCCGUGAAGGUGAAGAUUCUGGAGGAUGAGGAGGUGAAAUUUACCGGGCUGAACAAGGAGGAGCUGCUGAGGGUCGCAGGGAGUCCGGGCUGGGUGAGGAUCCGCUGGACGCUCCUGUUGCUGUUCUGGCUGGGCUGGCUGGGCAUGCUGGUGGGGGCCGUCCUCAUCGUCCUGCAGGCUCCUCGCUGCAGAGAGCUGCCUGAAACCAACUGGUGGAACAAAGGGCCCCUGUACCAGAUCGGAAACAUCCAGGCCUUCACCGACAUGCAAAACCUGAAGGGUCUAGAGGAAAAGGUAAACAGUUUGUCUCGGCUGAAGGUCAAAGGUUUGGUGAUUGGACCGAUUCACGUGGCUCCCCCUGAUGAAGCCAUGAGCCUGCGGUUCGAGGAGAUUUCAAAGGAGGUCGGAAACCUGAAUCAGUUUAAAGGUUUCAUCCAGGCGGCUCACAGAAAAGGUAUGUUUGUGGUUUUGGAUCUGACUCCAAACUACCAGGGAUCAUCUGGACCCUGGUUCUCCAGCAGCAGUGUGACUAACGUUGCAGAGAGACUGAAGUCAGCUCUGGUUUUCUGGCUGAGCGAAGGCAUUGACGGCAUCCAGCUGUCAGGGGUGGAGCACGUAGCCAGCGUGGUUCCGUCCCUGUGGACCGACAUACGGGCCAUCAUCCAGAACAGGACGGACAAGUAUCCCAACAACAGAGUCCUGAUGGGUGUCACAGACAGCUCCUCAGCUGAAAAUGUGUCCGACCUCCUCUCCUCAACUGGAGUCGACCUGCUCAUCUCCAGGGUCCUCUCUUCUGGUGACGCUGACGCCGCUGAGCGUGCUCAGACAAUCCAGCGCUUGUUUUCUUCCCACAGCCAGUUCAGGCUGGCCUGGAGUCUGGGUGGGCGGAACGAGGGUCACAUGGCCUCGCUGGUGAGCCAGGCUCUGGUAAAAUUGCACCAGCUGCUACUGAUGACGCUACCUGGGACCCCCAUCUUCAGUUAUGGAGAUGAGAUUGGCCUUAUGGACGAGGCCACCAAGUUUCCCAAGAUGCUUUGGAACUCUGAUGAGGAGAUGAAUGGGACUCUACAGGAAGAGCAGGCCGAGCGUCUGUCCUGUCAGGACUUUUUCCACGCUGUCAGUGAGCUACGCGGUAAAGAGCCCUCCCUACUGUAUGGAGACUUCAUCCUCCUCUCCAACUCCACUUCCUCCCUGGCGUACCUGCGGGUCUGGGAUCAGAGCGUCCGUUACCUGGCCGCUUUCAACUGGGCAGGAGAGGAGGCCUUCCUGAUGCUGAGUGGUGCAGCGGUGCCGCGGGAUGCUGUGGUCGUCCUUAGCACCAACAGCACUGUCCUGCCUAAAGACAGCAGCGUGGACCUGACCAACCUGCGUCUCGGCCCGGGGGAGGCUGCUCUCAUCAAGUUUUCUUCCACCGGAUAGAGACCUGAAUCCUGUUCAUCCUCUUUAUCAAUAUUCUAAAUGUAAAAGUAGUGAUGAUAGUCCUACAGUUAAAGGCAUAUUUAGACACAUAAACACAUUCAUUGUGAGCUUCAUUCCAGAGGAUUUCAUUAGUAAUGCUGCCAAUCAAAAGAAGUACCACAAAUUUACCUGAAAACAGGAAAAGUCCAUUCAAAUUCUGGUGUCUUAAACUGAUCCUGUCAUAGUCAUCAGCAGAAUCAGGAUAAAUUGUAAAACAGAACUGUUCACUGCCUGAUUUGCUACAAGAAACUAAUCAUGUUCAAUUUAUGGAGAAACAGGUAGUUUACAGAAAAAUUAAGUUAAAUCUCCCACCUCCAUUAAACCCUGCGUUAGGGAUCGUGAUGAACAGCUGUGGAAUGAUCGUUUUAGUUCCGUGUCACAUCAUCCUUUAUGUGUAGGAGGUGAAUUUAAUGUAACCUGUAUCUCUGCGUGCUACAUCUGUUACCUUAGUGUCAAAAGUUCUGUGAAAAAAGCCAAAUAAAAACAAGGGAAUGACCAAA